AUGAAUCACCACGGCUUCAUAAUUUUGUUUAGUUUGAUAUCUACCGUAUUUGGAGCACCGACGAGCUCAGAAAGAUGGGGCUAUGGAAUAUUAGCCUCGUUUGGUGUAAGUAUGAUUGGAUUUGUGGUUUCCAUUUUGAUCAUCAUAUUGAAAAAGUUUAGUAAAGGAGAAACAGCACAAUAAGUGAUGAAAGUUUUAAUUGGAUUUGCUAUAGGAGCAUUAUUAGGCGAUGCAUUUAUCCAUUUAAUUCCUCACUCAUUCUCAUCACAUGAGCAUCAUAACGAAGAAGAUCACAACGAAGAAUCAGAGGAUAAUAGAUUAUUGGAUGAGGAAGAAAUUGUUGAAGAGGAAGAGGAAGAUAUCUCCAAGGAGUUUUUGACAUCUUUGUUACUAUUAUUAGGGGUUCUGAGCUUUUUUUUAAUAGAAAAAGCCAUGAGAAUCUUAUAAUCUUAUGUUAUGAUUAAAAAAGUUUAACCUGAAGAUUAAAAUCUUGAAAUUGGCCAACAAGAAACCAAUAUGGAUAAUAAAAAUACUGUUGAUUCUCCUGGUAUUGUCGAUCAAGUAACAAGGAUUCAAGAAAUGCAAUUUGAAAAAGUCUAAUAGCUUCCAAUUUCAGAAUAAUUAUUUUCUUAUGAGAGUUGGAAAUAUAAGCCAACUUUGGGAUAUCUCAACUUAGUUUCAGACUUUCUUCAUAAUAUUAUGGAUGGUUUGGCAUUAGGAGUUAUCUUUGCAACAACCAGUGAUGAUAAUUUUGACAGUACAAUAGCUACAUUAAUAGCAAUAAUAAUUCAUGAAACAGCAUAGGAAAUAGGUGAUACAAGUAUUCUGCUCGAAAAUAAAUUUACAAAUUCAUAAGCAUUAUUCUCAAAUGGAAUAAUUAAUUGCAGUGCUUUAAUAGGGGCUAUAAUAGGAUUAGGAGUAUCAUCCAUGGAUAAUGACACCCUGGUUUUGGCCUUUGUUGCUGGCAAUUUCAUUUAUAUCAGCUGUGUUGAUAUGUUGCCAGAAGUCUUAAAAGAAGAAAAUAUUAAAAUAUCAAUUCUCCAGUUCGUUGCAUUCUGUGCAGCUGUAGCCAUUAUGUAUGGAAUUGCUUAUUAUGAGCAUUCUUAAGAAUGA